CGCACAGACACGCGCACGGCUUACGUCACAAUGAUUAAAUACGACUCCCCGUUUGUGGUGAGCCGUCACAAUAAGUAGUGGUCACACACUGGCCAAGGCUUUCUCUGCAGACCUUUAGCUGCACUUAAGGUGGAUCUUUGAAAAAAAACAAUUAAGGCAUCUUUACAUGGACAUACCCAAAGAAGUGGAGGUGGCGGAGAAGGUGGUGAAAUGGGACAACAAAAUUCAGUACUUGCUCACAGUCAUUGGAUUUGCAGUUGGACUGGGAAACAUAUGGAGGUUUCCCUUCCUGUGCCAAAUUUACGGAGGAGGAGCGUUCCUCAUCCCGUACCUGUUGGCGCUGGUGUUUGAGGGCAUCCCCCUGCUGUACCUGGAGUUGGCUGUGGGACAGAGGCUGCGCAAAGGGAGCAUCGGCGUAUGGACGUCCAUUUCACCUUUUCUGGGUGGAGUGGGCAUUGCCUCCAUGAUCGUGUCUUUCCUGGUGGCUCUCUUCUACAACGCCGUCCUAGCUUGGGUGCUCUGGUACUUGUACAACUCGCUCCUAAGCCCGCAGCCAUGGAGCCAGUGUCCCCAGGAUCAGCAAAAUGCGACGGCAGAAUGUAAGACGAGCACUCCAGCCAACUACUUCUGGUACCGUGAGACGCUGAACAUCACGCCGGACAUCGAGACCAGCGGGCCUCUGCAGUGGAAGUUGGUGAUCUGCCUGACCUGCGCCUGGUUGAUGCUCUACCUCUGUUUCAUCAAAGGGAUCAAGUCAAUGGGAAAGGCUGUGUAUGUGACAACCCCUCUGCCUUACAUCGUCCUGACCAUCUUCCUGAUCCGUGCCCUCACCCUGCCCGGAGCUACAGAUGGACUGGUCUAUCUCUUCACUCCUGAUUGGGGGAUACUCAAGGACCCUCAAGUGUGGUUAGACGCCGCAACACAGAUCUUCUUCUCUCUGUCGGUAGCAUUUGGAGGUCUGAUAGCGUUCUCCAGCUACAAUAACCAGCUAAACAACUGCGAGAAGGAUGCAGUCAUGGUGGGAAUAAUAAACAGUGCCACAUCCCUUUACGCAUCCAUCUCCGUCUUUUCCAUCCUGGGCUUUAAAGCCAACAAUGCCUUGAACAGCUGCAGAGAAGAAAACAUCCAUUUUUUGAAGAGCACCUUGGUUUUUGCGUCCGAGAAUAUAACAACAGAAAACUACGAUGACGAGCUGGAGUACAUGGCUUCGGCGUUUCCUGUUGAGAUGAGCAAACUGAAUCUGAAAUCAUGUGACCUAAAAACCUUCCUAGACCAGAGCGCUUCAGGAACCGGCCUGGCGUUCAUCACGUUCACCGAAGCAGUGCUGGAGAUGCCUGGAUCACAAUUAUGGGCGGCGUUGUUCUUCCUGAUGCUCUUCAGCUUAGGGCUGUCCUCCAUGUUUGGCAUCUUUGAGGGAGUCCUUAAAUCUUUCCAUGACCUCAACCUGGUGCCUAAAUGUGUCCCCAAUGAACUUUUUACAGGUGUGGUCUGCUUACUCUCCCUUUUGGUGUCUCUCAUCUUCACCAUGGGCUCUGGGAACUACUGGGUGGGGAUCUUCAACAGCUACGUGGGCUCCAUCCCCCUGCUCAUUGUUGCAUUUUUUGAAGUGGUCGGAGUCGUUUAUGUCCACGGAUUGAAAGAGUUCACUGAAGACAUCUUCUUCAUGACUGGGAAGACGCCCAAUAUUUACUGGAGGAUUUGCUGGAGUUACAUCAGUCCCAUAAUGCUCUUCGUGGUUCUGGUGGCGUAUGUGGUCCUCGAGGCAAAGAAUCAGCCCACAUACGGCGCGUGGAACCCUGCUUAUGAAUUAUUUCCCCAAACGGAGGUGAAGACCUACCCAGACUGGGUGUUUGCCAUCAUCAUCCUCGUUUGUUUGCUGCCUGUGAUUUCCAUCCCGCUGGUGGCUCUCUACAACCUCAUCAGGGUGUGUUACGCCCACCCUAAUGUCACCCUGUACAAGUUUGAGAUGUUCGAAACACCAGCCUGGGUGCAGCGACGAGCUAAUCACCAGCUUUCAAACGUGGAAAUCAAUUAAAAGGCCAAAUGUGGCCUGUGAAAAUCUACAGUAUUUGUCCUACAAAUUUUGAUUCCACAACUAUGAAAUACAGGGGCAAGUGUCGGCAUCAGAUUUUCCGCAGACGUGGUUUACCUUCGCUGAUGACAUUUCUGUGACUUUCAUGGAAAAAUACCACUAAGUGUAAACCAAAGUCCAUGUCUGGCAGGCGCAUGUGCCCGCACACAUUAAGUAGUAAAAUAGCCUGGAGCAUUUUCAAUUACCCAUCUUUAUUGAUCCAGUGGGGGCCAGGUUUACUGUGUUUUAUGACAAGUGGGUCAUCAAUAAAGAGCUUUUUGCCUCUG